UUGGGGGCCACCCAUUGAACUUACCGUAGGCCUACGCAGUAGUACCGGGCGUAUACCGUACCAUUGAAAUCUACACGUGAACCAUUUCAAAACACACAUUUGAGGUCUUUUUUGUCCAGCCCGCCGGCCGUGCCGAUAUAUGUGAUGAUCGAUGUUCGUGAUCCAGGUUCCUGUCCAUUGCUGAAGAUGAUUGACCUGUUCAUUCCGAAACAAAUACAUGUAUUAAACAAACUGUAAUAAUUACAUGUACUUUUUGCAUGUGUAUAUUUUAAAAUCAGUUUUCCUGGAUUAUUGAUUUAAAACACGAUAGUGAAAUCUGCUAAGAAGGGGCUUUUUUGCCCAGCCAGCCAUGCAACGACUGAGCUCUUUCUUCCGACAACUUCAUCAUCCAUUCCAUUUCACCCAUUCAUCAAUAGCGCCACCUGGCUGCCAAUAUCAGCCAGUCACAAGUACCCUUGCAAGCAUACAUGUACGGCAAACCCAAGCUCUGAUCACUUGCAAGUCGAGUUCCAAAGUACAAAGAAGUAAUCGUCUGCUAACUCAAAGGUCAACCCCCCUGUUUGCUCAUUUACUGCCAAGCAAGUACUCCAGACAAGACAGAAAAAUGAGAGAUCUUGUGAACAUCGCCUCUUUGGGGACCAGCUCGGCCCUUGCAGCCAAUGCUUCUCCUAAGAAACCCCAGAAAGCUGCAAAACUUGAUGAUUUGGCGGCUGAGCAACCUGUUGUAGGCUCCACAGAUGAAGUGUAUCAGGAGGCCGUUCGGAAGCUGAACACGCUGCAGUCCAACGCCAAGACCCUGGAUGCGAUACGCAAGAAUCGUGACAUGGGUGCAUACAAGAACAUCCCGGACGUCAUCGACUUUGCAGCGAGGGUCGGCAUUUCGGUGAGCUCAAACAUUUUGGAGAGACUUGAUGAGCUUUCAUGUAUCCAUGUUGCUGGGACUAAGGGAAAGGGCUCGGUCUGUGCCUUCACUGAAAGCAUAUUACGUGCAAGCGGUUUCAAGACAGGAUUCUACAGUUCUCCGCACUUGGUUGAAGUAAGGGAACGAAUCAGGAUAAAUGGUCAGCCCCUUCCUAAAGAAGACUUUGCCAAGCAUUUCUUCACAGUUUACAGUCGACUAGAGGCAUCCAAGGAUGAUUAUAAUGGCAAAAUGCCUCCUUAUUUCAGGUUUCUGACACUGAUGGCAUUCCAUACUUUUCUCGAGGAGAAGGUUGAUGUUGCUAUCAUGGAAGUAGGCAUUGGUGGGGAGUAUGACUGCACUAAUAUCAUCAGGAAACCUGUCGUAGUUGGGAUCACCUCGCUUGGUAUGGAUCACAUUGGAGUCCUUGGCAAUACCAUAGACAAGAUUGCAUGGCACAAAGCUGGUAUUAUCAAGUCCGGCCGACCUGCGUUCACUGUUCCACAACCUGAGAACUCUAUCCAAGUCAUCAAAGAUCGGGCGAGGGAAAAACAGGCAUCCAUUCACGUCGUCCCGAGCCUGAUGUCCUAUGGUUUCUAUGGUGAUGACAUCAACCUGGGACUUGCUGGGACCCACCAGCACUUGAAUGCAACCCUGGCCUUACAGCUGGCUAAAACAUGGGUGACAAAGGAACGACCAGGGGAGAUAGAUUUUGAUGAUGAUGACGGUGAACUGUCUUGUAAGUACCCUAGGAUCGCAGACACGUCACCUGUCACGGACGAAGUACUGAAUGGAGGAGACGUACCACAGGCCGAGCCGUUCACUUUACCCGAACAGUUCAUAAGAGGCCUGACAUCAUGCUACUGGCCCGGUCGUAACCAGAUAAUCCGGCGCGGGAAGGUCACCUACUACCUGGACGGCGCUCACACGCCUCGUAGCAUCAAGGCAUGCUGUAAGUGGUUCAACAGGAGGGCUGAAGCGGAAGCAAGAGAGCUGGAAGGGCCUGUUGCCAAGGUUCUCAUCUUCAAUACCACAGGGGACAGGGACGAGUACAGUCUGCUGCCAAAACUAGUGGAGUCUGGAUUCCAUGGUACUGUCUUCUGCCCAAACAUCAUUAGUCUUUACAGUCACGAGACAUCAGCAGACACGACCAAUCAUACUACAACCACGGAGAGACAGAUGAAUAGGUGCGAAAAGAACUACAUAGCUUACCAGAACCUUCUAAAACAACUUCAGACAGAUGCUGCUUCCUCUGAAACUCCAACUGCUGCUCACGGAGAGCCAAGUCACAUUGAACACAUGCAAGCCUCAGGGUCCCUCAAUCAAGUGGUACAACACUCCCCUGUUGAUCCAGUGGAUCAGCCCUCGAGCACUUGUGACCAAUCAGGUGAUAGAACACUGACUAGCAAUCUGGAUAGACCUGGCUCAGAGCAGUACGUGAAUACCAAGAUAGUGAAAUUACCAUCCAUGACCGAUGCUCUACAGUGGGCCGCAUGUUGUAAAGACUCCCAUCUGAGCUCCCCAAGUAUACACGACCCCACCCCAUCAAACCAUGCAAUAUCGGCCAAUCACAUUCAAGUAUUGAUAACAGGAAGCCUCCAUUUGGUUGGAGGGGUGAUCAGUAUACUAGAUCCCAAACUAGCAUGCAUGCCGAACCCUGAAUAAUCAUCACUACUUUAGACAAUCAUCAUUUACAUACUUCAUGAACAU